AUGGUUGAAUCGCCUAAAACAGCUUUAGCAACUGAAGUUCGUUAUCCAUAUCAAGGUCUUCAUGAUACCAAUUUCAAUGCACAUGCAUGUAGCGAACGUUUUGCUCAACUCAAUGAUGAUUUACUCAUACGACUUGUAUCCAAAGGUCCUGUCGCUAUUGCUAUUAAUGCUGAUUUUAUGGGUGGAUAUGGAAGCGGGGUUUAUCGUGGUCCGUGUUCACCACAUGUCGAUCAUGCUGUUUUACUGACGGAUUGGGGUACAGAUGCACAGGUGUUCCGUUUUGAACGUUUCUGUUCNCAAAACUCUUCUCUCUUCAUUCAAAUUGAUCAAUGGGAAAAGAAUUCGAUCGAAAUUAUUCGACAAACAGCUCAACAAUGUCGACAAACAUUUCUCAAAGCAAAUGAAGGAUUUCUCGUCGAUAUUGAAAAGAAAUUCAAUAAACUGAUUGGAGAAAUCAAAGAGAUUCAAAAAGAAAAUGAAGUGAACGAAAUGAAUUUGAAAGAUCUGGAAGAAAAAUUAACAAAGAUCACCAAGGAAUUCAACGAUUCAUCAGAAAUCUUCAUCGAAGAAGAUUCACAAACAUUUAUCAAAAAAAUCUCAGUGAAAUCAACAAGAAAAUCAAAGUUGGAGAAAUGGAAACAAAAUGGACCGAUAAUCUGUGGAGGAAAUGGAAACGGGGAAGAAUUAAAUCAACUUUCAAAUCCUGAAGGAAUAUUUAUCGACAAACAUCAAAAUAUUUUCAUUGCGGAUGUGGGAAAUGAUCGAAUUGUUCGAUGGAAAAGAAACGAAAAUCAAGGAACAAUUGUGACUGGUGGAAAUGGAAAAGGAAACAGUUUGAAUCAAUUGAAUUAUCCAACGGAUGUGAUUGUUGAUGAACAAAAUAAUUCGAUCAUCAUUGCUGAUUAUGGAAAUCGAAGAGUAAUGCGAUGGUUUUUGAACACAAAUCAGUCGGAGGUUCUCAUUCAUAAUUUCGACUGUUCUCGGUUAACAAUGGAUAAAUUUGGAUUUGUUUAUGUUUCUGAUGGGGGGAAAGAUGAAGUGAGAAGAUGGAAAAUGGGAGAAAAGGGUGAAGGAACAUUAGUUGCUGGUGGAAAUGGAAGAGGAGAUCAACUCAAUCAGUUCAACUAUCCAACUUUUCUGUUUGUCGAUGACGAACAAUCUCUUUAUGUUUCAGAUUGGGAAAAUGAUCGUGUGAUGAAAUGGAGAAAAGAUGCGCAGGAAGGAAUUGUUGUUGCUGGUGGAAAUGGAAAAGGAAAGAAUCUGAAUCAACUGUAUGGUCCUCAAGGAAUCAUUGUUGAUCAAGAGGGUCGAAUUUAUGUUGCCGAUUGUGAGAAUCAUCGAAUAAUGCGAUGGAGUGAAGGAGAUGAAGAAGGUGAAAUAAUUAUUGGUGGAAAUGGAGAACGAGAUGAACCAAAUCAAUUGUCUUCUCCUCUCGGUUUAUCGUUUGAUGGUGAAGGAAAUCUUUAUGUUGUUGAUUGGGGAAAUCAUNAUAGAACAGGUAAAAUUGGAGUUUACAGGCGAUUGAUGAAUAAUAAACGAAUGUAA